AUGAACGGCGAUAGCGACCCCAACCUGGCCAAAGCCAACAACCCCGAAUCCGAAGACGCCGCUCCAGUCGCGACCUCUGUCGACGCUAUCGCGGCGGCCGCCGCGCCGUCCAAGAAAGAAACCAGUCUGCGCGAGUUUCUGGGGAAGAUGGAUGAAUAUGCGCCGAUUAUCCCCGACGCCGUAACAGCGCACUACCUGACGCUCGCCGGCCUCCCACCGCCAGGCAACGGUCCCAACCAGACGCCUCCGCACCUGGCGCGGCUCCUCGCGCUGGCCACGCAAAAGUUCAUCGCCGACAUCGCCGCCGACUCGUACCAGUACGCGCGCAUCCGCGCGUCCAACAGCACUUCUGCCAGCAACCCCAUGGGCAGUCUCAACGCCGCGUCCGGCCUGGGCGUGCCGGGCGGGGCGGCGGGCGGAGGGGCGACCGGUGCAGCUGGCGGUGCUGGUGAUGCCAGCAAGGGCAAGGCCGGCACGCACCUGGGCAUCCAGCGGCCGGGUUUUGGUGGUGGUGGAUCUGGCGGUACCGGACAGGGCCGCACGGUGCUCACGAUGGAGGAUCUCGGCAUGGCGGUGUCCGAGUAUGGGGUCAGCGUGAAGAGGGGGGAGUUCUACCGGUGA